CGCUUCAAGUGGAUACAUUUUACUUUCAGAGCCAGGAACGCAGAAAAGAAGUCGAGUAUUUAUUACAAGGUGUGAUACUGUGGAAGUAUGAAUGUGGAAGUGGAGAGGAAAUUUGUGUGCGACCCAGAUAUCCAGAACAAAUUAAGAGACAUUGGAGCAGCAGUGUGUGUUGGUCAGUCCAAGUUUCACGAUCAGUAUUUUGACUCUCCAGACUUCUGUCUAACUCUGAGAGAUGUCUGGCUACGCCGUCGCCAAGGAUGCUGGGAACUCAAGUGUCCUAGCAGCAAGAGCACACCAGGGAUGGAGGAAGAAGAGAGACUGUGUUCUCGGUAUAGAGAGAUAACCAGUCUACCUCAGAUUAUAGCUAAAGUGAGAGAUGUUAUGAAACACGGAUGUGAAGAGCAAGGAGGACAGAGAGUUUCAGAGGUUGAAGAAGAAGGAAAAGAAGGCGACAGACAAGGACACAAAGGGGCAACAGGAGAAACAAAGACUGGAAGCCACAUCGACCAAAAGGAUCCGAUGAUCAAUCAUAGCGACAAACCCAACACCAAAAGAAGUGAUACUGUAAACAAAGAUGUGACAGGAUUUGAGGAUGCAAACCAGUGCUCUUUAGAAAAAGAUAGUGACCUGUCCUGGUUAAGGGAACUAAAUCUUGUUCCUUUUGCUGAGUUCACUACUGAGAGAUGCUCAUUCUCUCUUAGCGAAGAGGGUGAAGAGGGUGUGAUUCAUGUGGAUCUUGACAAGGCAGACUUUGGGUUUUGUGUUGGAGAGAUUGAGGUUCUGGUCCCUGAUGGAAAAGAAGUUCAGUCUGCACUAAAGAAGAUCCAGAGGACAGCUGAAAGGCUGGGUCUGUCUGGUGAUCAGAGGAUCCAAGGAAAAAUGGAUGUCUAUUUGCAGCGAUACUGCCCAGAACACUAUAGGAAGUUACUGAAUGCUCAUGUAUUGUAAGAAACUUGAAUACAUUAGCUAGUAACUAAUAAUAAACAAAUUUUAUGUAAUAAAAUAGGAUGUUUUGUUCAUAAAACAUACCACUUGAUGGUAGUCUGGAAAUUGUAGUGCCAGAAAUACUACCGUAAAAAGACAGGUAAUUACA